AUGCAGCCGAAUAUGCUACGGAAUAUUGUGAGGGAGAUACUGAGGGAAUGUUAUCCAAGAAAAUUGAAGCCCAACGAAAAUUUCAUUUCUUUUUUCGUUCAGUUGCUGUUAUUGGAUCCAAAUUGGGGUAUAACGGAAAACUUCAUGAACUCCCGUUCGAACGUCCAGAAUUUGGUGAAAUAUGUGAUCACAAAACUUGAAGCACACGACACAAAAAUACUGACAUUGAAAACGCAGUUUUAUUUCACAUGUAAUCUACAAUACAUUGAUAAUGUAACAAAAUGCAACAGAGAAUCGAUUUUGGAGAGAUUGGCCCCGUUGAAAGCCGAAAUACUUUCAGGAGAUUAUACUAAUCAGGGAUACGACAACUUGAGAAGGAAUAUUGCAGUUUACGUAACUUUUGUUAGUGGAUUGGGAAAUCCCGGGUUGAGUGUGGUAUUAGCUGAAGCUCUAGCUGCUUUGAGGAGUAUAAUGAGCGAGGUGGAAGCUGUCGAAUUCACCAGAGCUCCAAACUAUAUCAAAGAAAAGCAACUAGAGCACUUGAGGAAAGUAUUGUGUGGAAUAAGAUUGUUCAAUAAGGAUUCUGAUAAAGGUGGAGCUGGGAUAGAAAAUUUGCCGCAUUUAUUGAACAAGGCAAUAAGAGUUGUCAAAGCUGAGAUCCAAUCGGCUCUAGUGCGCAUCAUGGAGAGGGUCAAUUUGUUCACCUUGGUGGUUGAUAAAUGCUACGUCAUGAAAGAAUGUUUGGGACAUAACAAGAUGGUGUGCGAAAUUCCGAUAGAUGUUGAUCCUACUUUUAUAGAUACUAUGAAAGGAUUACUGCUCAUGCACCGACAAAACGAACUGUUUGUGAGGAAUAUAAUAGAACUCACAGAGAAAAUGGAAGAAUAUGUGGCCAAUCUCUACCAAUCACUCGAUGCACAACUAAGGGAAACUCAUAAGACUGUUCACAUGAGACUUGCUGUGCCUGUUGAUGUAAUUUUCCCAUUAUUUGAGACUCUGUCAGAUUUAUGGAGUGAUUUCCAAGACCAAGUUAUAUUACUGUCGAAAUAUAAUGAUAUAGUCAACAACCUGGAGACAUACUCAAGCUUCGUACGGUUCGAUAUGGAAGUCCUAGAAUUGGUUUUGGAUAGCAUCAAUAAUGAUUCUAUGGGCGAGAAUAAUCGAUCAGAAGAAUCCGUGCAUUGCCAACUGGUUUCACAAAACGAGGAGGUGGAGAUAUUGAGCUUAGACAGCUUUGCAAAUCCUGAAGAAGUUAAAUUGCAGUACUUGGGAUUUUGUUGUUGGAAACUGGUUGAAACAGAUGGUGGAUUAAUCCCAGGAGUUACGAAUAUGGGCAUCGCAAAAUUUCAAAAUAAGUAUUAUGCUUUCUCCACCCCAGAAGCUUGUGUGGAAUUUUGCAAGAAACCAGGAGAAUAUAUUAAUCACGUUUUGAAUCUCGGAAGGAGGAUGCCAGAAUUCAUUAGAUUUCUAGAUUUGAUGGAAGAAUUGCAACAAGUUAUUGGAACAGAUAUGUUAGUUGAAGAGAUGGAAGUUGUUAAAGUAAUUGGAGAGAAAGAAGUACAAUUCGAAGCCACUUAUGUUCAAGCUCCACACAUUGAACAUAAGUAUAAAUGGAACAUUUGGGAUCUAAGAAGGGAAGCCUUAGUUCUGGCGAAUGUAUCUAAUUGCACAACAACAUCCACUCAAACUCUGAAGAAUCAUAGCACACAAUCCAUAAGGACUCAAACUUAUCUACAGAAGAAUAAAGAAGUACAGACAAAUAAGGAUGCCUAUACCAACGUGCCGAAACCAAAAACUUUCAUAUUUGGACUAAGAGGGAGGAGGGAUGACAAAGAAAUUCGGAUAUUUUUUUACGGCAUAUUGAUUGUGGGAUUUACCUUUUAA